GGAGCUGAUGGGCUCUUCCAUCCUUGCUUGGCCACAGAUCCGKGAGCUCGUGCCCGAAUCCCAGGCCUACAUGGACUUGUUGGCCUUUGAGAGGAAGCUGGACCAGACCAUCAUGAGGAAGCGCUUGGAUAUCCAGGAGGCUCUGAAACGCCCCAUCAAGCAAAAGCGAAAGCUGCGUAUUUUUAUCUCCAACACCUUCAACCCAGCCAAGUCGGAUGCGGAGGAUGGCGAAGGAACCGUCGCCUCCUGGGAGCUUCGGGUGGAAGGACGGCUGUUGGAGGAUUCUGCUCUGUCCAAAUAUGAUGCCACCAAGCAGAAAAGAAAGUUCUCGUCCUUCUUUAAAUCUCUGGUCAUUGAACUUGAUAAAGACCUGUAUGGCCCUGACAAUCACCUAGUAGAGUGGCACAGGACUGCUACGACUCAGGAGACAGAYGGCUUCCAGGUGAAGAGGCCGGGAGAUGUGAACGUGCGCUGCACUGUSCUGCUGAUGCUGGAUUACCAGCCUCCCCAGUUCAAACUGGACCCGCGCCUGGCUCGGCUCCUGGGGAUCCACACCCAGACCCGGCCCGUGAUCAUCCAGGCCCUGUGGCAGUACAUCAAGACCCACAAACUGCAGGACCCCCACGAGAGGGAGUUUGUCAUCUGUGACAAGUACCUGCAGCAGAUAUUUGAGUCGCAGCGGAUGAAGUUCUCUGAAAUCCCACAAAGGCUUCACGCCUUGCUGAUGCCCCCCGAGCCCAUCAUCAUCAACCACGUGAUCAGUGUUGACCCAAAUGACCAGAAGAAAACAGCCUGCUAUGACAUUGAYGUGGAGGUGGACGACACCUUGAAAACUCAGAUGAAUUCCUUCCUGCUCUCCACAGCCAGUCAACAGGAAAUUGCUGCUCUGGAUAACAAGAUCCAUGAAACAAUCGAGACCAUCAACCAGCUGAAGACGCAGCGCGAGUUCAUGCUGAGCUUUGCCCGAGAUCCUCAGGGCUUCAUCAAUGACUGGCUCCAGUCCCAGUGCCGGGAUUUGAAGACAAUGACUGAUGUYGUUGGGAAUCCCGAGGAGGAGCGCAGAGCUGAGUUCUAUUUCCAGCCGUGGGCGCAGGAAGCCGUGUGCCGAUACUUCUACUCCAAGGUGCAGCAGCGACGGCAGGAGCUGGAGCAGGCCCUGGGGAUYCGGAACACAUAGACAGCUCUGCUCCUCCCCAGGCAGAAGCAUCACAGCUCUUUGUGGAGACAGAGCUGCAGA